AUGUGCUAAACAAAUUAAAUCUAGGCUAUAAUUUGUUUCUGUCAUUUCCAAACAUCGACUAUCGACUUUUUCCGGUAUCGUUAUCGAUAAUCACUACCUUCUGUUUUCAUAACACACUUUAUUUCAAUAAUUUUGUUGAAUUAACAAUAAUAUGUCGCUAUCACCGGCCAGUGGCAUUGGCCGCUUUUACAAACACUCGGCCAAGAUUAUACGUUUUGUGCGUCAAGGCUGCACCAAUCGUCCUUUCUAUCACAUUGUUGUCAUGGAGCGCCGGAAGAAUCAACAUCAGCCUGUUAUAGAGCAAGUAGGCUCCUAUGAUCCCAUGCCAAAUGAUAACAACGAACGUCUGGUGGCUUUAAAUACAGAACGCAUACGCUACUGGCUUGGCAAAGGCGCUCACAUGUCAGAGCCGGCAGCAGAGCUGUUGGGAAUCUCUGGACUGUUGCCUGUACACCCACGCACAUACAUGACAGCCUGGCGUAAUCGAAAAGCUGCUGCUGAGGCUGAACCAGUUGAGAGCGCAGCAACAGCGUAAUAUAAGUUAUUAAGAAAUAAAUUGUU